AGCUGUACGCCGGUACCUUUUCUUUGUCUCAGAGACAAUAUCGACGUUUCUGGUACAGCGUUCCCCUACUUAACCUGAGCGCAGUGACGGAUGAAAUUUAUCUUUCUCAGUCCCAUCCAAAUCCACACACAUUCACAUUCAAGAUGGUUUCUCGAGUCGCUUUUCUCUCCUCAUUCGCCGGCGUUGCUUACGCUCAAUACACUGCGACCUACCUUCCCAGCAACGCACCAGCAACUUCCGAACAGGGCCAGGCCGGUACGAACAAGUGCGGAACCACAAACGACCAAAAGUCAAACUGUCAAAAUGCCUACCUCAAUGGUAUCGAUGACUUCUGCCUCUGGAGUCCUCCCGAUGCCGGUCCAAACUCCGGAAUUGGAGAGACCGAGCGUAUUGAAGUCUCAUGGUGUCUCAAGGAUGGCUAUGGUACUCGCACCAUCCCCGCUGGAACUAUCACCGGCGCCCAUUUCGUUAAGACGCCAGAUUUCGUCCAAAUUACAGGUGUUGGUGAUUUCACAAAGAUGAACAUCCCAGCCGGCGAUACCGGAGGAGAGUUGGAUCCCCAUGGAGCAGAUGGAAAUGGUAAUCCUAUUGGUGGACUAGUCUUUUCGUCAGCGUUCGGAGAGCUUCAGCAGAUACACGAGUGGACGAGCUUCAUGGCCGUCGACCAAUUCUGCUUCCGGGCAUGUAACCCUGCUGGUAACAAUGCUCCGGGGUGGUGUCAACACAUCUACGACGUGAUGGGUUGUGCAUGGAACAUGCCCGCUAACUACAACGCCGGAGUAUUUGAGUCGUGCCAGGGUGAUAGUGGUCUCCCCAUGGGUGUGUACGACGGGUCGACGUUCCAGCAGGGUCAGGGCGCAACGCCUCCUCCCCACCCGAUUCCUUCAUCAUCCCAGUGUACCACUGUUACCGCUCUCGGCGCUGCUGCCACUUCGUCAUCUAAGAGUGCCCCCGUCAUCACCCAAACGGCAUCCGCUGCGGACAGCGCCACAACGGCAAAGGCACAAGUUUCAGCUACUUCGACGCAGUCCUCUGCAGCGUUCUCCUUGGUUAGGUCCAUGGAUGGAUGGGAUAGAUACGUGUAUUCGAUGGGCACUGCUGUGCUCUUCUCUUUGGUCGGGGCUGUUAUAGUACUUUGAUACCGUUCGCUGUUUGCGCUUUAAUGGGACUAUAUAGUAGUAUUAUUUCUUUCGCAACAUGUAUACACGUGGGUUGUUCAAAAAUUUGAUUGAGUUUUUUGUCAUCU